AAAUAAACGAACAACGUCAAAUACAAAUUACUCAUCGGGUUACUUUGAUAAAGGAAUGUAACAGAAAUUAUUAUUGGGUGUGACAAUCUUCUCAAUUUGAAAUGAGUGGUGAAAUUGAGGUUCCAGAAACACCAAAUUGGUUACAAGAACUUGAAGCUAAAAGAGAGAAAAGAGUAAAAGCUAGAUUAGGACAUGAAGCUGGAGCUGGUGCCCCUUGUUUGAAAUGCGGAGAUAAUUGCCCAGGACUUGACUUGCAUUUUUGGAGAAAAUGUUGUAAAAUAUGUAAGUGCUCUAAAGAAGAACAUGAGGUUCAAGAUGACGAUAUAUAUGGAUGGGCCCAAUUCCAACUACUAGGUAGUAAACCCAAUAAAAUUAAAAGAAAAAUUGUUUUACCAGGAAAGAAAGAUGAAAUUGAUUUGGAAUGGGCGCCUAAGGGGCACAAUGACACUGUGGACAAGUACCUUAAAACAUUACCUCCUGAACAAUUACCAGUUAAAGGUUCUCAAGCUGCUCAAGAUCGAAAACAACUUCUUCAAAAACAAAUUCCGAUACAUGACAUAGAUCCGACCUUGUGUCAUGAACUUACAGAAGACGAACUGAAGAAGAUGAAUGAUUACAUUGCUCACGUAAAGCAGAGUAGUGUGGGAGUAGGUCAGAUUGUGAGUUUGUCUAGUAUAAUCAAAGGUAAACUACAUAUGUUGAAUCCAGCAGAAGCAGCUAUUUUAUCUAAUCGGUACAGUAAGGGAGUACCCAUGUCUGAAAUUGUUAAAUUACAGGCACAAAAUAAAUCGGGAUCGUUGAGUCACAGCUUAGAAAACAUGUCAUUGAAAAAUAAAAAUCUUCCAUCAGUUAAUCCCAGUUACAUAAAUCAGACAGAAGAUAAUUUAAAUCCUAUAAAUUGUAUCAAGAUGCUUGAUAAGGAUUAUCCUUUUUAUAGUACCGAUACAAAAACAUCAAUGCCCAAUGCUCAAUUUUCUGCUUCUCUUGGACCCAAACAGUUCAAAACAUCCAUACCUACUCAAUCAAAUAUUGAUCCUAAUAUCGAUCCCAGAUACUUACAAAACACCAAUUUUGAUCCGAAAAACAGACCCAGUCACUUUGUACAUCCCACAUCACAGUUUAAUCGAGAUAUCCAUAUGAAUAAAUUACCAUUGAAGAUUCCGUUAGAUUACAACUCUGAAAAUAGUGCUUUUGUGCCUUAUCAAAAAGUGUCAUCAGUGACAAAAUCAGGAACUCCUCAUUUGGAGGAUAAUAUAUCAACUGCACCAAAUUAUACAAAGAAUUUACCUAGUAAUCAGAACAAAUCUGUAAUUGGUAUGAAUCCAAAUUACCAAGAAUUGGGAAAUGAUGAACAAAUGUAUGAAAAUUUACAAAGCUUAAAAUCUGGAAGUAAUUUACCAAAUUAUGCACCAGGUAAAUACAACACGUAUGCUGAGACACAAUCUCCUACAAGGAUACCAAAAAAUGUUAAGGAUUUAGCACUUAGUACAUACGGCUCUACUCAAAGUGAUCCUGGUGGAAUGGAAAAACAAGGUAAUGGGUUCCAUUUAGGAAAAUAUAGGCAGCCAGGCUCCUAUCCCGACAGUAUGCUAACAAAUUCAAAUGGAUUCAGACCUAUAGAUGUUGGAAAUGAUGGAAAUUCUAAUUUGUCAGCUUCACCUUUCCAGCAUAAUCCUGUUUACACGACAUCAGGAGAUAUUGCUAAUUCUAAAUUUGAACACACAAAUCCAAAUUACCACUCGAGUAAUUCUUCUAUUGGUAAACAUGGUGUAAAUCCAUCUUACAGUUUGCAACUUAAGCCUAAUACUCGUCCAGCAUCUAAUCCUUCAACAUUGAGUCAUACUAAUCCAGAUCUUAAAUCUUCAGAAUUUAGUGUUCCAAAUGUACAACAGUAUGAUCCUAAAUUUUAUUCUGAUGCCACUCCAAAUUCACUUGUUCUGGAUAAUAAACAAUUUGAUCCCACAAGUCUUGAUGCACUCAAAUCUAAUCCUAAACAAGGUGGUAUUACAUCUUUAAAUAUGCGUCAUGGUGGAACUUUAGAAGGUUCAGGUUUUAACAUCCCACAGUAUGAUGUAAAUAAUCCAGACACAUUUCAUAUUAAUCCUGAUGAUUCUAAAGUCCAAAAUCCCAGAAAUCUUGAUGCACUUAAAUCACAUUCUAAACAAAGUGGUAUCACAUCUCCAAAUAUGCAUCAUGGUGGAAUUUUAGAAGGUUCAGGUUUCAACAUCCCACAGUAUGAUGUAAAUAAUGCAAAUCAAUUUCAUACUAAUCCUGAUGAUUCUAGAGUCCAAAAUACACAGUUUCAUCCACAAUCAUAUCCUAAAAGUAUUUCUGGGGGCUUGCAUAAUCUCCAGUUUGAUCAACAAAAUGAAAAUUCAUUUAAUAAUCCAUCUGGUAAACAAGUUGUUAGUCCUAAUUUCAAAUAUGGAAAUAAUGAAGGGAGAAAUAUAGGUAGUAAUUUUGCUAUACCUCGGUUUGAUGAAGAUACAUGUAAUAACAAUACCACACAGGGAAGGAGUUUAAAUAAUAGUCCUUUGAAACAAGGAAAAAAAUUAUCCGAAUUGCAUCCUAGCGAUUUAAGAAUUGAUGAAGAUUUUCUCAAUCCGAGCCAUGUGAAUAUUGGUUUAAUUCGGGAUGUACAAUACCCGGAUAUUAAAACAGCUAUGCAUGAAGUUGGUGAUUUUUAUGAAGAAUACAGUCCAGAUAGUAUCAAAGAAAUUUUAAAUAAUGUAAUUUUACCAGAUUGUCAUUACUGUAAAAAACCGUUUAAAGAAAAUGAGUUUGCCGUUACAAUUGAUAGAGCUGAUGUAUUAUUUCACGCCGGUUGUUUCAAAUGUGCGGGCUGCAAUCAGAUUCUAGCCGAUAAUGUUUAUUUUUACAAUAAAGAGACUGAUAACGUCUAUUGUUUGAGAGACUACGCGAAAAUUAGAGGUUUCCCAAGAUGCAAAGCGUGUGAUGAACUGAUUUUCACUAAAGAAUAUUGUUUGGCCGAAAAUUCCACAUUCCAUUUAAAACAUUUUUGUUGUACUGAAUGUGAUAUGCCUUUAGCAGGUCAGGAUUAUACUUUAGAAGAUGAAAUGCCUUAUUGUUUACCUUGUUUUGAGCAGAACAAAGCUAGUAAGUGUAACGCUUGUGGUAAAGUUAUCAAACCCGAUGAGAUUGGAUGUACUUUGAAAGGCGUACACUUUCAUGCUGAUGACAAGUGCUUUGCUUGUAAAGUUUGUAAAACACCUUUGAUGGGAAAGAAACUGUUGUUAAGGAAUGAUAAGUUAUAUUGUUCUCAUGAUUGUUAUGGCGCUGAUCAGUAAAUUGAGUUAAGAAUUGUUUACAUGCAAUUUUUGAUCACAAGUAAUACUUACGAUUAGAUUGAAUAAUUGCGUUGUGAAUUUGUGUAAAUAAGUGUAACCAUAUGAAACAGUCAAAAUUGUAUGUAUUUAUCUUGUAGCCUACAAAUUGGAUGAAAACUGCAGAAGAUAAAUUGCUGGCGAUUUAGCAUUUCCAGUAAAAAAAUCUGUUAGUAUACAAUCUUAUCAUUGGAUAAUAAUUAACAGAUUCAAAAUAUGAUUACAAUUAUUGUUGUAAGGAGGCUCAAUUGUUCAGGCUAUUCUUCAUUGCCUUUUAACUUAGCUUUUCCUCCUAUCAUUACACAUUUAUUGAAUAUUCCGAAGUUUUCUAGAGUGUUUGAAUAACCAAUGAAAAUAUUUGAGAAAAUGGGAUUGGAUAUAAAAGCUGCAAGGUGUUACAAAAAAGGUAUAGUCCCUGGGCCAUCAAUGAAGUCCACUAAAUCCUAUUCAAAGGCCUUCCUUUUGACCAGUCUACCAUGAAUAUUCAUACCGCGGAUUCGAAAUCGGCGCGUUUGCUUUUGGAAACUAUCUAAACAUGAUAUUUUUCAGCCUUCAGGGUUUGUGACAACUUAUUUUAAUGAGAAGAUUAUGUAGCAUAACCACUAUGCGGACGAUAUUGUCCGACAAAAAAAGGGACGCGUUCGCCCAAUCCAAGGACCUAUACACGUCAAUUUUGAGCUUUAUGGGUUCGUGUUUAUAAAUUGGACAAAAGUACCAAGUGUUUUAUUAGUACUUUUUGAAAUAAUUCAUAUCUAUGUCCGACAAAAAUAUGGGCGGUCUGAAAAGAAAAA